AUACUUGACCAAUAGAAAGCACAAUAUUUCUCAAGUGAAGAUGAUUAUCUGCAUGUCUGAAACCAAAUUAUUUGAUGCUAAACACAUCUAUGAUACCUAUCAGAUAAACAAAAGUUGUAUCCUCUCUUCAUAUCUGUUUGAUGAUUAUUUUAAUUUUUUUUGUGAACCAAUCAGAGCAAUUCAGAGCAAAAGAAGUCUAUAGGGUAACUAAUGUUUGGUUAAUACUGCUCUUACUCUUUGUACAUACACGAUAACCGAAUUUAAUGACAACCCCCUGUGACGUGAGACAUUUUAGAAAAGAUUUUCCAUUGACGUGAACCAAUCAGACGAGAGCUGCCGUCUGUAAGACCCUCAUAGUGUCAGUUAUUCACAGUCACUCACAGAGAUGGAGAGGCCAAGACAUGCUUUCGUCGUGUUGAUGUGUAAGAAAAAAGGGUUAUGAGAAAGUUUUCAGCUGUUUUGAGAGUUUUUCAAAUGUCAAUAUUACUGUGCAUAUUUUUGAAUGGUACAUUUCAAAUUUAAGUGCUUUAUUAAGUUAUUUUGCACUUUUACAGGUGUUUUGUUGUUCAUUCAGAUAAGAGUCUAUGGAGCAGAAGUGAAGAUGAAAGUCAGACCAGGAGACAACAUCACUCUCUACUGUGAUCGCUCUGUAACUCAUGGUUUCAUCAUUGAAUGGAUAAGAAACUGCUCUCAUGAAAACCAACCCUCUCUCGUAAUAGAUUUUAGGAAAUGGGAUUUAGAGAUAUUUAAGCGUUUCAGCUCUGUCCACAACCGCUCCAGUAAUUCUCAUGAUCUACAUAUUACUAACAUCAGUGUCUCUGAUCUGGGACUGUAUUACUGUGCAGAAGUAGAGAAUAAGGUAAAUAAAGAUGAAAAAGGCAUCAUCUCCUCAUCUGAAGUGUACUAUUAUGGAAACCAAACAACUCGUCUCUCUUUUGCAGAGAAAGUAACUUUGUGUUCUGGACCCUCGGACAUCACCUCCACUCUUCCUCUAUCAGACUGUGUUCUCUGCUGGGCGCUGCUGUUCAGUGUGUGUCCGGUGUGUGUUCUCCUCUCCUCUCUCUGUGUGUACUGCCUCUUUCAGAGGAAAACUACAGAUGCUGCAACAGAUCAAAAAGACCAUUUGAAAAGUGGAAAUACAAUUGAGGGUGAGGAGGAAGAGGUGUGUUACGCAUCUUUAGACGUGAUAACCAGGAGACAAAAACAACGCAAGACAAAGCGAGUCCAGUGUUCUGACUUCAGUACAUAUGCUCAGGUCAGAACAGAAACAGAGUAGAACUAAAAUAGGACUGAAGUGCUUUCUGAAAUAUUCCAAAUAUGAUAAAAGUUGCAGGUUUCAUUAUCAUGUACCACACAUGUAAUGAUACAAGGUAGUGGACUUUCCACCAUUACAUCUGAAUGUAA